GGCCAGCCACUAUGAGAAAGAAGACUGGUAAUUUCUGAUCGGCAGUAUCUAGCGCCGGGAAAGCUCCGAGCCCACUCAAAGAUUACACGCGUUAACACCAUGAGUGAGAGACAAGGAUCCGGAGCUACUGGAGGAAACAGCAAAGCUUCCAGUGGACAAGAUGCGUCGAAGAAAGAGGUCCCAGAGGACUUUGAUAUAGACAUGGAAGCGCCAGAGACUGAAAAGGCUGCCGUUGCCAUCCAGUCGCAGUUCAGGAAGUUCCAGAAGAAGAAGCAGGACGUCAAGUCUUAGAGGUGGAUCUGUAGCUCUGCUCCCCACAGUGGCCUGGCGGUGCAUGUGACCGAAAUCUCACCAUAUGGACUCAAUGGGGGAAGAAAGCAAAGGCAUUGCCCAUUCGAACAAUGAUGCGUUUGUGAAACCAUGUAACCUAUGAUUUGACUGCUGUAUCAAUAAAUUAUGAAGCUAUGAAUUACA